UAUUUAUUUCUUUUGAUCUUAUUAUCCAUCUACUAGUUAUUUAAUCACCUCCACUUCCUCCACAUAAAUUAAGUCAUGAUGCAUAGGCCUUUAGCCCAACUCAGUAGUCACUGUGUCUUACUUCAAGAGGACAACUCUAGUAUUCUAAUUGAUGUUCUUGAUUAGAUAAGCAUGUACGCCUAACUCACUGUAAAUUAUAUGCAAUUCUCUCUCUCUCUCUAGAUUCUGUAAUAGGACACCAACUGAGAGGAAUCAUGCAAAUGAUUGGUCCGUUGCUUGGAGAAAGAGAGAAAGGAAGAUGAUGAAGAUGCAUGCCCUCUGGGAUCAGGAAUGGGCUCAAAGCUUCACCAAAUAAACAAACUUUUCAACACCUUGAGAAAGAAUAACAGUAAUGUAGUAACUACAAAAGUGAAAAGGCUCCAAUAUAAUGGAGAGACUCCUCGAAUGCCAUGGCAAGGACGACUCCUUAAGGAACACAAUGCUGAGGCAUGAAGAGAUCUUCCGGCAGCAGGUGCAUGAACUCCACCGCCUUUACCGAGUUCAAAAGAUGCUGAUGACCGAGUUGGGUAAGACCAGGCUCGGUCACACAAGGACUAGAAACUUUAGCAGUGCUGCUUCAACUUUAGAAACAAGUCAUUCUUCUUCUCAUGUCAUUAAUGCCAACUUGCUAAGCAUUUGUCCUGGCGACCAAUUGAAUGUUGCGCGUGGCAAGGGCUUCAAUCUCGGCCGGCCAGCCGAGGAGUUCACUUCCAAAGGGGAGAAGGGCGCCAGGCAGAAGAUCAAUGAAAUGUGGCCUGACGAUGAAAGUGAAGUUGAGUUGACACUUAGCGUAGGAUGUGGUGGCCAUCACACAAAAGAACAAGCGAAUUCUUCUUCUUCUUCAUCUUCUUCUUCUUCUGGUUUGGACAGGAAAAGGCUCAAGAGCCCCCCUUGGCUUAUGCAGGGUCUAAAUUUGAACACCACAUGAAACCAUACAUAACAAUUCUAGUUCUUGUCCUUCUUUCUUUCUUUUUCUUCUGGCAUUCUUACAAAGAUUCAUGGUUUGAAAAGAGGACCUACAACAUUGAUGGAUAAGUUUUUUUCUUGAUUA